GUGGUGCGUAAUGGUCUGUUCUGCCUGGAAACAGCAGCAGAUGAGAAAGAAAACCACGUGUACACCAAGGCACUGAUGGCGUAUGCCUUCGCCCUGGCAGGGAAGGAGGACAAGCGAAAGGCAAUCCUUGGCUCACUUGAAAAGGAAGCUGUGAAAAAGGAUGGGUCUGUUCAUUGGCAGCGGCCUGGGAAAGAGCCAGAGGUUGAUCUCCCGUACUACCACUACCGAGCUCCCUCUGCUGAAGUGGAGAUGACAGCCUAUGCGCUCCUUGCCCACCUCACCACGCAGCCGGCACCUUCCCAAGAGGAGCUGUCAUUCGCCUCUCUUAUUGCCAAGUGGAUCAGCAGUCAGCAGAAUCCCAAUGGAGGCUUCUCCUCCACCCAGGACACAGUGGUGGCUCUCCAAGCCCUGUCCCUGUACGGAGUUGUCACCUAUGCCAAGAGCGGAGCAGCUUCCAAAGUGACCCUGCACUCAGGAGGGGACUUCCAGCAAGACUUCCAAGUGGAUACCACAAACCGGCUGCUGGUCCAGCGAGUGACCCUGCCCCAGGUGCCAGGGGAGUACAGCACGGAGGUGUCUGGCGAAGGAUGCGUCUACCUGCAGACAAGCCUGAGGUACAACGUGCAGCCCACGCAGGAGGAUGCCCCCUUCAUGCUUCACGCGUACACAAUUCCAGAGACAUGUGAGGACUCCAAGGCUCACAAGGUCUUUGAGCUAGGCAUAAAUGUCAG